AUGUUAUUUAUGUUAUUAAUUACUACACUAUUGUUGUACCUUGCUGGUAUUUUAGUGUGGAAGCGUUUAUCGGCAAGGACCAGUCACAUUAGCAUUACAGAUGCCAGUACAGCUCGUAAAAUUUUAAAAUCCCCCUCAGUCUAUCAACGACAUCCGAAUAACAAAUGGAUGGUCACAAAAUUAGGAAUUUGUAAUGGAUUUGUGAUUGAGGAUAUUGAUUAUCAAAAAAGAUUCACCGCUACAGUUCAUUCUUGUUUAUUACGCAAUAAUACGAAAUACAAGUAUUUAUUGAAAGUUGUUAAUGAUAUCAUUACAGAAGAAGUUGUUGAACUAGAAGAAUUAAUAUUGUCACGCUGGAUACAAAAAGUAACUUUAUAUUCAUUUUCGAAAACAUUUUUGAAUUUAAAUCCAUCAGUAAAAUUGUUAAACGAGCUGCCUACAUUAAUCAAUGAAAUAUGGUUGAAGCAGAAAACAGGAGGAGACACACAAACACUAUCCAAUGACCUAUUUAGAUUAUUGGAAAAUGAGAUACCUUCUCAGGUUUUAAAUAAUAAUGAGAAUGAUAACUGGACUAAAAUACAAAACGUCAUGGUUUCUGUUAGAAAAACAACAGCAGAUAAGUUAAAUGUAAAAAAUUUUGAUAAUUUAUUUAAUAAUGUUUUAAAUAUAGUGAUACCAGGAUAUGAAUCAAUGUGGAGUCUUAUUUUUUAUACAAUGUUGGAAUUACUUCGUCGACCUGCUUUGUUAGAAGAAUUGAGAGACGGUCUUCUUGAUGAUAACAAUCGUCUUCUGAGAAGUAUUAUUCAAGAAACAUUACGCUUGUAUCCACCCUCAAGGUCAAUUCAUCGAACAAGAGCAACCGAUAAUGCACAGGUGGUAAUUGAUAUUAAUAAAAUACAUCGUAAUACAGUAGUGUGGGGUAUCGACUCACAUUUAUUUAAUCCUAAUCGUUUUAGAAAAUUAACAGACUCACAGUCUGACGCAUAUUUACCAUUUUCAAUAACAUGUCCCUCGAGACAAAGUUAUACAUACAGAUUUUCUGGGGCAAUAAUUAGUCAAAUCAUUGACAAAUAUCAACUUCGUAUUAGUCAUGGUAAUUUACCACCUGUAGAUACUCCUUUAAAUAGUAACACCAGACAGUCGUAUGGUGAUAUUAUGGUCCAAUUCCAAAAGCGCUGA